GGCAGCGUGAGAGGUCUCCUCACACAUCUUUAGCAAGGAACAGUUUUGUAUUCAAUUUGCGUAUUAAUUCUCAUAAAGCCAAGACUUACCCCAGAAAAUAACUAUUGUCACGUUGCUGUGUAACUGUUAUCAUAAAGUUACUAACAUAGCUAUCAGUGUGAAAUCUGGGGGGGAAAGUGAAAUUAUCUGUUAAUUAGCUGUGGUAGCUUCUUGGUAGCCUUAGCUGGUUUUAGCUAACGCUAAGUGGAAAUUGCACAGAUUGUUUCUUCUCGUGAUUAAAGGGGAUUAAAAAGCAUGAGCGCAGGAGUCCAGCACUUGUUUUUCCUUGGCCUUCCAGACCUGGGGCAGCUGGUCUGUACCACCCUGACUCUGCAAGAGGAGGAGGAUGAGCCAAGGAACAAACAGAUCAAGGCCUGCAGAAAGCUGGUGCUGCUGUACAAGGAUGUUUUGGCCUCUCCUGCUCAGGACUCUGUCACUGGCAUCACAGUUGUCAUGGCUAUCCCGUUUUUCCAGAAAGGAAUCGUCCAGGCGUUUGGACAGAGACACUGUUUUCAGGUAGGCUCGCCGCAGCGUGUGCUUCCAGGUGUCCUCCAGUAUUGCUUGUCCUACUCUCUGAUCAGCAGACUGGCUCCCAGCUGGAACAAAGUGGGACUCUACCUCAUCUCCGGAAAUGACUUUCUGAGUGAAGGGGGGGUGCUGAACGCUGUCAGCAUGGGGCUGAGCACCAGUGAGGGUCAGCUGUGCAUUAGUGUUGAAGCCAGCACUGUCAGACUGCCCCCAGUCGCACUGGAGGACUUCGACUUCCCGCCCAUAGUGCUGAGCAGGUUCUGCAGUGACCCUGACUCCUGUCUUGAUCUUGAGCAGGCCAGAUGGUGUCAUGUCCUGCCCAGCAUGAGGAGAGGUGAGAUUAUCGCCGUCCGCCGCCAGCUUCCUAGUGACGGCCCGUUCAGGACCUACGGAGACCUACAGAACCACUGGAACAGCCUGUACGGUUACAGGCUUCCUGAGCUUGCAGAGCAGGAGCUGGUGUACUGCAGUGUCUGCUUCAGGCUGCUGGGAAACAGACUCUUCACCUACCCUCUGAGCUGUAUCCGCAUGCAGCCGGUGCAGCGCUGCCCUCGGGUCGACCUGCACCAGACGCUGGGCUCCUUCCUGCCUGACAUCAGGGACACACUGCAGAGUGUGUGUGGCUUCCCUGCACGUCUGACCAGCAAACCCCGUGUCCACACGGUCGCUCCGAACACCACUACAACAGUACAGGAGCUGAAUAGUCAGGUCAGCACGAUGUCCUCCUCCAAGCUGGACAUUUCUCAGGUCGCUGCUCUUCCUCCUCCUCAGCCUGUGAAGCCUUUCUGUUGGUCACAGCCACCGGCCUGGACCCCCCUCUCCCAGCAGGGCGGCGCUCCGGGGCAGAGCCAGGGCUGUCAAGGAGACAGAACCGGGCCUUUGUCAUUGUCCUUCUCCUCUACUCUUACACACUUCCAGGCACCUUUGUGCCUUACCAGCUCCACUUCUUCCUCCUCCUCUUCAGCCCACUCCUCUGGUCCUGGCCCAAGUCAAACUCCAGUAUACUCCCCUCAUAAAUGUGUUCCUGUAUUCAAGAGCAAGUGUUCAUUGCAUCCAGGCAGUGAUGGGCUGCAGCCAGCCCAGAACCAGUGUCUGAGUGGCAGAGUGGUGGAAAGGGCCACAGUGACUGCAUUCGAUAAAGGCGCUGAUUCUCCUUCCUCAUCCCUCCCAGCUCCUCCCCCUCCCACCGUCCCUCACUUCAACCAUUGCCCUAAGCGUUACAGCAGCACUGAUCCUCAGCCGCCAGCUCACCCCAAACUCAAGCGCAUCUUUGGCCCUGAGAUUGUCCUCACUCCAAACCAGGAGAUUAAGUCCAAGUCUGGCCCCAAAACCAGCUCUGAUGGGGAAGCUGUUGCUUACUCCAGCAGUGGACGGCAGGAAAAGGCAGCCAAACAGCCAUCAGCUGCACCACCUGAGCCUCCUCGACCUCCACCAUCUUCUGCUGUCUCCAGCAAAGAUACCUGCAGCAGCAGCCGACAGGAAGUUGUGUUAGAGUCGAACGUGAUGCAAGACGUGGAGGAAAUGGCCAGAAGUCACCAGCUGUCCAGGCUGAGCUGUGCCACUCUGUCCUCUGAAAGGAAGGGGUGUGCUGGUCAAGGCCAGACACUAGAAGGAGCACCUGAUCUUGAUGAUCAUGGAAAGUCUGACUGAGGCCUACACACACAUGGCCACACGCAGACACACACACACUCACACACGGACACACACUGUAUCUGCCUAAUAGGCUGGAGGGUAUUCACGCUGUGCUCAGCUCCUCGUCUAAAGAUUCGGUGUCAGAUCUGGCUGUUAUCAGUCUGAUUCAAAGGGCGCAGAUAGAACAGAUGAGAAAAACUCAUCCUCUAAUUGAAAUGCUGACAAUUUGCCAAAAUGACUUUUAGUUCCAGAUAAAGUGUCUGUGAUGCCCACAGGAAGCUACACAGUGAAGCCACUCUGGUGUUGUGUGAUGGUCAGUGUCACAUAGUUCAGGCUGACGAGCAGGUCACCGCCAUCACCUCACUCCAUUUGUUUGAUUAAUGACCUCACACUGGUGUUUAGAGUCGCUGCUGUGACAGACAUUUCUCCUGCAGGUCUAAGGGGCUGUCAUUUAUUCUCUGCCACUGUUGGUUUAGUUUCUUUUAUUCUGUGAGGGUAGGUUUUUCUUGUUGCCUUUAAAUCUCAGACAGUCAUCAUCUACCUCUGUCAAAUCCAGGCAUUAAAAUUAACCACAUAAAUUACUUAAGUGAAGAGUUAUAUGGUAUUUACAAGUUAUGUUAGGUCGUUUCCUCAAAGUUAAACUGCAGGUUUGUCCAUUUUUCACUUGUUAAAAAGAGUGUUGUGAGUUCGAAAUCACUGACGUAGAUCUGUUGACCAGUCUGUUUUCUACAGCCAGUAAUGUGGUUGUCACUGCUGCCAUGUUGUUCAUGUACAGUUUAUAUUAAAAAUCAGUUUGAAUUUGAA